AGCCAGAGAGAGGGAGUCGGUGUGCCACAUUUGUUGAGUUUGCGGGAGUUACAGCAACUGCAUUGGAGCAGAUCGACCUCACAACAAAUAAAACGCCAUCAACGUAUCGGGACUGGCGUUUCUCUUUAGGAUAGAAUGUGGUUUUUCGAUAAAAUCCGAGGCUCCGUGGAAAACAACUUGAGCCGUGAGGCCAGCGGCAGGGACCCCAAGCAGGGCAAAGGCUCCCUCUUCAGUAACGUGCUGACUCCCGAUAAGAUUCCCGACUUCUUCAUCCCUCCCAAGUUUCCCAACAGCUCGGCCGAGGGGCCGGCCGCUGAUGGCGCCGAGCCCCGGCAGAAGAAGACCAACCUGAAACCUUCCUCGUCCGAGCAGAUCCUCAUCAGCAGCAAGCCGCAGGGCAGCCCCCGCCUGAGGGGCCGAACGUCCGCGGACUCCAGCAGCCACCUGCUCAAGGUGGCGAGCCGCCACAUCAUUCAGAUUGAGAGCGCGGAUGACACCAACUCUGACCAGAGUGAAGCCAGCUGCAACACCAAUUAUGACCCCCAGUCGCAGAGUGCCAUGUCCCUCCCAUAUAUGCCUUUGACCCAGACCUCCUAUGGGUUUUCCACUUUGACUGAGAGCCCUCAUACCAGGCGUAAGGAGUCACUCUUCCACGUGGACCCUGGAAGCCCCGUGACCUCACCCAACUCCCAGAGGAAGCGGUCAAGCAACCAGAAGGGUAAUGGGGAAACCCAGCACCUGAAUGCGCCAGAAUUUAGCCUGUCGUUGGCCAGCCCCUGCAGGUACUUUGGUGGCGGGGACAGUGAUACCGCCUCCUCUGCUGAGUCCUCUCCUUUCAAUUCGCCUCUCCUGUCCCGCUCGGUCUCGGGUGCGUCCCUCCUCAAGAUGUUCAGCCACGAAAACCUGGCCAAGCAUUGCAAACCUCUGCAGUCCUUCACCCGAAACAGCUCCCUGUCCACGGAUGAUUGCAGCUCAACAGAUGCCAGCCCCUGUGUCUCCAGGAGGGUCAGGUGCCCGACUCCUCCUGCCGGUGGCCCCUCAGCCUCGCGGGGUGUCCUUCCCCUGAGUUUGCUCCAUUAUCAAGACCGAGUGCUCAAGGAACACACCAUCCGCCUUAACAAAGGAGGUGCUGUUAGGUUGUCUGCUGAAUAUGAUUGCACUAAUGCCCGUCUUCGAAUCCGCAUCAUCACUGCUGAAGACCUUUAUGACAAGACAUUGGACAACAAAAGCAUCAACUGCUGUGUGAUUUUGUACCUGACUCCUGGCAAGAUUCAGAAACAGCGGAGCACCAUCAUUAAGAACAGCAGAAAUCCUAUCUUCAAUGAAGACUUCUUCUUUGAUGGGCUCCCUCUGGAUGAGUUCAAGAGGGCAGCUUUGAAGUUGAAAGUGGUAAACAAAGCAUCCAGCCUCAAACGUGAUGUUGUACUUGGUGAGAAAGAACUGAAAUUGUCCUUAUUACUGCCUUUCUUCUGAUUAUGAGCCACUUUACUGUGAAUGUCUUGAGUCAGGUUCCCAUGGAUAAAAAGGUAAUCUCUGUUAACUAUGGCUCAUUUUCUGUGAAUUCAAAAGAAAAAACCUUUAGCCACGUGAAAAUGUCAUGAGAAUUUAUGGAAUAAAGAUAGGAGUUGUCAUCCAACUCAGAAUGGAUCGAGUGAAGAGAUUUUUUGAGACUUGGGUUAGGUCACCAGAGAAAAUUCAUAUUUUUCUUUUAACCUUUUUAAAAGAGAGAGUCACUAUUUGAGAAACUGAUGAUAAAGGAUAGAAUGCUUUUAUGUUGUAGAAUUUAAGUUGUGAGGAAAGAGGGUGGAAAAUACCCUGAACUGUACAGAUCCACCCCAAGUGUAGCACACUGAAUUUGACUAUAAUUCUGCAUGAGAGGAUGAAAACCUGUUUCUCCACAAGCACUCUACAGCUUGUAAUGUCCUUGCAUUCCUGCUGUCCUUCCUGAUUUCCAGGUGAAAAGCAAAUGAUUCCCAACCAGAGAGUCAUGAGUUUGGAUCCCAGGUGUCUCAGUUAGAAAACUUGCACAGUAGGCAUUCAUUUGUUUAAUGCACUAUAAAGGGAACCUAUGGAACUGAUUGAGAGUAUCUCAAUUGUUGGUGUUGUGUGAUUUUUAACUUUGUCCACCCCAGUCCAACAAUGGCAUCUCCACAUCAAUUGCUGCCAGUGCAAGAGGCUAGAUGGUUGACUACAGCUUUAAAGAUGAAAGAGAGGAAAGAAAAGAUGAAAGGCUGAUUUAAUUAUCUUUGUAAAGCUUAUAUAAUCAAGGUUUACAUAUUAUGAAAGGUAAGUUGUAAAAUGGAAACUUCUUUCAGUUUAGCUGACGAGAAAUAGAUUUAGUUUUUGUGAGGCAUGUAUUGUACUAGCUUAUGUGAUAAUAUGUGUUUCUAAAUAUAUAUUGUAAGAACAUAAUUAACAACAAAAUGUUCUGUAAAAUCAUUUGAACAGUAUUCACUGCUUCAAAGCAUGGGGAUGAGCAAAAUUCUGGUUUCACAUUCUCAGUGAAUAUCACUUCUUUCUGACUGAUUUUUGUAUGUUCCAAAUAUGGUAUUGACUGUAUAAAACUGCCUGAUUAUUAUUGUAUCUUAGCACUUGUUUUUGAACUUUAUAAAGGUCAGCUUGUAACUUGUCUGCUGCAGCUUAGUUGUCUGUGUACAAAUACAGAAAAACACAACUGGGAACAUAAACACAGAAAGUGCUGCAGGAAAUACUCAGCAACAUCUGAAGAGAAGAACAGAGUUAACUUUUUGAGCUGGAUUUUAAUUUCUUCUGAAGAAAUGUCAAAUUGGACGCAAUAUUAACUUAUCUCUCUCUCGCUCCAAGAUGCUCGCAGACCCGGUGGCUUCCAACACUUCCACUGAUUAUUGCAAAUUUCCAGCAUCUACAGGCUUUACUUUUGCUUUUAUUAUGAUCUUGUGAAUGUGACUAAUGAAAAACAAUGGAUAAUUCUGUGACCGUGGUCUUGUUGAAGAAAAUUGCAUGGAAGAUCCAGAUUGUUAUCCGUUUUUGUGAUUGCACUAAACUACUCGUAUCUCUUUAUUAGUUCCAACUCUCAGUUAAGUAGAAAUUUCAUAUUGUUUUGAAACUGGUACAAAUUGACUAAUUCUCUUUAUCGGCCAUUUUAAACUCACUAGCAUUGCAUAGUUAAAUGGUUUGAAAUAAUAGCUUUUGGAAAGGGAUGUAUAAAGGAAACAAACCAAGAUACUGGAUCUACAUUCACUUGUACUUCUUUUUAGUUGAAUUGGUAAAAGAAGGAAUGGAAUUAAUUAUCAAAAUUGUCCGGAUCCUGUCAAAAAUGAUGCCUUUGGUAUUUGAACAUCACAUUUAAAUAUUCUGAAUAAUCUGCCCAGUGUUGAAGUAAAGAAAAAUCCAAACUGGGAAAAGCAAUCCGUAAGACUAUCCCAAUGCAAGACAUCAUGAGAUUGAUUUUGAUUCUGUGCCAUUUUAAAUCUAAAUUUCAUGGCUAAAUUCGUAUUAGCAAACAGUUUUCUGUGUCUCUUUAAGUUUGUUAAAUGGCUUUCCAUUCCUACUACAAUUCCACCAGCUUAGAUUUCAAUGCAGUUAAAAUAGAAAAAUUGAUCUGUUGGCAAAGUUGGAACGUGCUAGGAAUAUUAUGGCCUAUUUUAACUGGAAACAACUGGCCACUUUUUGAGUUGAAUGACAUCUUGAAUUGUUGCAGACUUCACACGGAGUACAAGUUGUAUUGUUGAGUAGUUGUCAUACAAGUAAGUCUCUAUAAAUAUAUAAUGAUUUACGAGGAACUUCAGAUUGUACAUAUUGAGUAAAUUAAGUUAA